GCCCCCUGCUGGUCGUAUCUUUGCUGUAGGGGUUGUUAUUUGCAUCGCUGACCCUAUGGAUAGGCUCAUUUACCAAUCCAUUACAGCUGCAUUCAAGGAAAACACAGUCCGAUUUCCUGGUUCUCCCAGCUGAAGGUCCUGGCUUGGAUUUGACAGUCAAAAGCUGAUGAUCGUGCUCCAGUCUACCUGUAGAGGCAUAAGAAACUCACACCUGUAUGCCUUCCUGAAAAGACCACACUUUUACCAGGUCAUGGCCAGACCCAGCUCAGACUUGGCAAAAUUCAGGAAGAUUUUCUCCGAGGCCCAAAAUAUAGUCAUCAUCACCGGAGCAGGAGUGAGUGCAGAGAGUGGAAUCCCCACCUUCAGGGGGCCAGGAGGCUUCUGGAGAAAAUGGCAAGCACAGGAGCUUGCGACUCCAGGGGCCUUCUCCAGGAAUCCGUCCCGUGUUUGGGAGUUUUACCACUACCGACGUGAGGUCAUGCUCACAAAAAAUCCCAACCCUGCCCACCUGGCCAUCGCUGAGUGUGAGGAGCGACUCAGCAAACAAGGACGUAAGGUGACAGUCGUGACUCAAAACAUCGACGAGCUCCAUCGGCGUGCCGGGUCCAAAAACAUCCUGGAAAUCCACGGAAGUCUGUUUAAAACGCGCUGUAUGAGCUGUGGUCAUGAAGAAUCCAGUUACAAGAGCCCCAUCUGUGCUGCUCUGAAGGGAAAAGGAGCUCCGGACCCAGACACAGAUGACGCGGACAUCCCUGUUCAGCAGCUGCCCAGGUGUGAGCAGACAGGCUGUCACGGUCUCCUGAGACCAGCUGUGGUUUGGUUUGGAGAGACUCUGGACUCAGACAUCCUCAGCAGUGUAGAGAAAGUGUUGGACAGCUGUGACCUCUGCCUCGUGGUUGGCACUUCAUCUGUUGUGUAUCCAGCAGCCAUGUUUGCUCCUCAGGUGGCAGCCAGAGGAGUCCCUGUGGCCGAGUUCAACAUGGAGGACACCCCGGCCACCAUGCGCUUCAAGUUCCACUUCCACGGCCCCUGUGGGACCACGCUGCCCCCCGCGCUGGCACGCCACGAGAAUGAACAGAGUUACAAAUGAGUUGUGGACAUCACAGACCAGAGUGUCUAACACUGGAGAUCUUUAUUGGUACCUAAAAUAAUGGGUUGAAUAUAACGUGUACCCAGUUGUGGUGGUGGGUUGGUGUUUACGAAGAAUAAGGCCAUGAUUUGAAAGAUGAAGGGAAACACACAAAUAUCAUUUCGAAUGAAGGGUAACAUUACAAAUAGGUCGACAGAGAAAUUGUAUUUCAGUGCAAUUUGUCUUUUAAAUGGUUUAUUUAUCUCAUUUCUGUCAAGGGAGACAUUUGUUAACAUUAUAUUUAACACUGUAGCACUUUUGCCCAGGAAAAUGGUUAACUGUACUGUUCAUAAAAGGAAGUGGUGUAAAAAAAAAAAAAAGAAGAUGAUAAUACAUGCAUAACGUGUGUCUGUCAGUAGGGGUCAGUGUUUAGCUGCUGCUGUGAAGAUUACACCUCCAGUGGGCUCAGCCUGGGAUGUGUGUGUGUGUGUGUGUUUUUGUGUGUGUGAACCCCAGUGUCUGAAUUUAUGAGCUGUGAUGAAAACUGUGUAUGAUGCCUUCCAGUGGCCACUAGUGGAACCAGUGAGUGUGCACAUCGCUGAGGAUAUGAAGGAUUUGUUAUGCGAAUGGGUUUAACUGAAUCAGCAUAUUCACAUGAAAUAAAUUUCUACUCUUCUAAA